UCUGACCUGCCUUUGCUUGUCAACGGCACUGUAAACAGCAGCAAAGCAAUCGGAAACAUCGUACAAUUUGACGUUUGCACUCAAACGAAUAUGACAGUUCGUGUUAUUUUCGUUUUCUUUGUUCAUGUUCAGCGCUUUCGCACACACCAAAAAAAAAAAAGAGUCGUCCCUGACUGUGUUCCGUAUUACGCGCAUCCCUGUGGUGUCUAUUAAAAACAGAGUGCAGUAAACAAAAUGCAGCCCCUAUAAUCCUAGCGAAAGAAAAAAAAACCUUCAUAAAAUCCCUUUUCACCAACUGUUUUUGUCGGAAAUGUGAGUUUGGUCAACCCAGAUGGUAGUAAGGCACUGGGAGGUAGAAAAAAACAAGGCAAUAUUAUCCGCGUACAGUGACUGGUGAAAACAUGGAGUUAGAAACGAGAAAGUAAAACAAAAAAAAAAACAAUUCACAAUUGUGACGCGUCCUGCACGGAGUAUCCUUUCCCUUUUUUGUUUCAUUGAUAAGUGAACUUGUUUGGCAGAAAAAAGGGGGGAAACGGUGAUUUACAGUGGAAGCAGUGGGAUUACGGAUAUGAGAGAUCGUAUCGUACCACACGGACAAGGCCGAUAAAGUUGGUGCAAAGUGUGUGACCUUCCGGAAAUUGUAAACGAUUGUUAAAUUAUUACGAAAACCACAGAAUCUGUGAGUUGUGGAUGGAAACCGGAUUAUAGAGCAGUGGUUAAAGUGCAUCGGUCAAUGACACCCGGCCGAAGGUAAACAUACAGGCUAACUAUUAUUAACCCCCCAACGCAACCCAGCAUGACUUAAUAGGUUGGUAUGCGAAGAGCGAUGGUGGUUUUACGAAUGGAAAGGUUUGUUUGACCGAAGAGGCAGCAGACACCUCCCCACGGCACGACACGACGUGUGAACGAUGGCGAAGGAAUACGAUUAUCUGCUAAAGGUACUCCUUGUUGGCGAUAGUGACGUUGGCAAGCAGGAGAUUCUAUCCGGUCUGGACGAUGGUUCAACGGAAAGCCCAUUCUGCAGCGGAAGUGGCACGGCACAUAAAACGACCACCAUCCUGUUAGAUGGUAAGCGCGUGAAACUACAGAUAUGGGACACAUCCGGACAGGGCCGGUUUUGCACAAUCAUUCGCUCGUAUUCGCGCGGUGCACAGGGCAUCAUACUAGUGUACGACAUCACGAACAAGUGGAGCUUCGACGGACUGAAUCGAUGGUUGAAGGAGGUCGAAGAGCAUGCGCCGGGUGUACCGAAGGUGCUGGUAGGGAACCGGCUCCAUCUCGCAUUUAAGCGGCAAGUCGCAGCGAAACAGGCGGAACUGUACGCAUCACGCAACAAGAUGGCCUGCUUCGAGAUAUCACCACUGUGCGAUUUCAACAUACGCGAAUCGUUCUGCGAGCUCGCACGGAUGGCACUGCACCGGAACGGGAUGGAGCGGAUCUGGCGCACGAACAAAGUACUUUCGCUGCAGGAGCUGUGCUGCCGCAGUAUCUGCCGGCGGACGAAUGUAUAUACCAUAGAUAGCCUUCCGCUGCCACCGUCGGUCAAAUCGUAUCUGCGAUCGUACGCGCUCACCUCGUCCCAGUGCUUGAACACGGUGCUCAACAAUUCCGCCUCGAUAGCGAAGAAUCUCAAAAGCAAAACCGCCACCUCGUACCAUCUGAAGCAUAACGUGCGCAACGGGUGCGUGAUUUCUUGAUUGUCAUUCCUAGCCCGGCGUGUGGUUUGGGUAGGUUAUGGCUUAUCAACCGGUCGGUCGGUACGCUUACGGAGGAGGAGUACGUUUUGCCAAGCAAAAUCGGUUUUGACGGAACGAAUCAGUCCGAUAGUGACAGUAAGGUAAUGGGAAAUCAAAUCAUCACCGAACACAUUAUCGAUGAUUAUCGUUUUUUGUUUUGUAAAACCGUUUGUUUGUUUUUUUUUGCAUUAUUAAUGGCUCAUUUUAGUUUAACACUGGCCUCUCGAUCCUCAGAAGUAUUUUAUCAACUAACACUAUUACCUCACACUCAACAAAAAAAGUGAACCUGCCACCAAUACGAUCGCGUUUCCACUGUUCCCGUAAUGGGCACAGCGAGGAUAACGAAUUAAUCAAUUGCGCAGAUAGACCUCUGGUUCACCCACCGUCAAACGGAAGAGUGCAGUGUAGCGGUAGUAUAAUUAUCACAUAAAAAUGUUUUACAUUUCGAUUCUGAUGGUAAAAUGUGUAAAAUGUAUCUAUUUCCAAAAUUUUGCAAUGUGAAUAUUGUCCUGCCAGCUGCAGUGCAUAAACGAAGUCAGGCAUUAUAGAAUUACGUCUAAAUCUAUCCAUUGGAAUUGGUCCCUUAAUGCUCAAGUUUUCUUCAAACCUCCCCCCUCGUUUUUCCCCUAAACUUUUUGCGUGAGCUACGGGCACACGUUCAAGUAAAUGAACCAAAUACUAAUUUUAUUAACAUAUAAUUACAAUGUGUAAUCAUAAAAAUUUACAAUACGUAUCGCCUAAACGCAUACAAACGUUCGCUACGCACGGUCGUAAGACGUCAGACGUUUCGGGAGACCGUCGCGUGUGGAUAAAACGUUCGUUUUCGGUACGACAGAACGGUUGUGUGUGAUUAUCCAUAUGUACCCCGCUGUAGGCGCGGGGGGGCAGAUCAACUAGACUGAAGUCAUAAACCUGCUGUUGCUCAUGCCUGGAAUGCGGCUUCGGGCAUAUAACGAAACGGUAUGCGAAAUAUCGUUUAAAUCGUGCUUUGUUCUGUUUUUUUGUUUUGUUUUGUUUUGUCGUGCUGUGUAUCGAAUAGGUUUAUGUAUGUAAAUCUACAGAGAGUCAUUUUAGCUAAGCUACGAAACUAAUCCCUCUAACCAGAAAACUGAAAUACAAAAAAAAAAAACACACACACAAAAAUGCACCAAUGACAGAUCACCGAUACUAAAAGGAAGUAACGAUGCGUUUGCACUUAAACGUUUUGUAAAUCGCUGCAGACAAAACGCCUCCCUUAGGUAGAGUGCAGUAGGUGUUGUGGG